AUGAACCAAAUCUUAGGUAAACCUAAAUCGAAGUGUUGGCAGAGAGGAGAUUCUCCGGGCGCGCCAGUCCCUCCGCCAUCGCCGCGCUACUCGCUCGCGUCAACUCGCGCACAUCGACACCGCUCGAGCGUCGCUAAGCUAACUCAUCACCCGCUACAUAAACCUUCAGAGAUGAGCCGGCACGUUUGCCUGGCUGCGGCCGCCCUGAUGGCCAUGUUGUGCCUUGCAGAAGCUCAGCGCCGACUAGCCUUGCCUGACCCUAGAAGUUGCGCAAACAGGGUCCGACACUCAACGUACAGGGAUGCGCGUGGCGUGUUGCACUCUUACUUCUUCAGCUGGGAGCACGCACCGACGCGCAACUUAGAAGUGGACUGGCUGGAUGCAAGGAACAUUUGCCGUCGCCACUGCAUGGACGCCGUCUCACUUGAGACGCCACAGGAAAACGAAUUCAUAAAGCAGAGAAUCGCUCGGGGUAACGUCCGUUUCAUCUGGACGUCCGGUCGCAAGUGCAACUUCGCCGGUUGCGACAGGCCUGACCUGCAGCCCCCGAAUGUGAACGGUUGGUUCUGGUCGGGCUCAGGCGCCAAGAUCGGCCCCACCACCCAGCGCAACACCGGCGACUGGUCCUACACCGGCGGGUACGGACAGGCCCAACCCGACAACAGGGAAGCUGCGCAGGGUAACGACGAGUCUUGCUUGUCGAUUCUGAACAACUUCUACAACGACGGCAUCAAGUGGCACGACGUCGCCUGCCAUCACGUUAAGCCGUUCGUCUGCGAGGACAGCGACGAGCUGCUCAACUUCGUGCGCUCGCGCAACCCCGCCCUUCGCCUAUGAGUCCCCCCCUGACACUGCAUCGAUCACACUCGCCUUCUAAUUUUAGAUGGCUGACAUUGUACAAAAUUAUGUGACUAUCAUUAUUUAAGUUAUUUAUUAAUUUAACAAAAUAUCACCAACAUCCUGCAG